CCUUUUGAGACUUAAUGAGACCUGCCUUGGUCAGAGGACAUUCUCCAUUUCUCUAGGAUCUCAUGAGCAACUUGGGUACAAGCUUGACCCUACAAGUUCUUAUCACUAAUUUCCUGUAUCUUUCUCCUGCCCCACCCCCAUCCCACUUCCUGCACGUUCAGCUUCCCUCCCCAACUCUGCAUUGUAGAAUGAAGAGUUUAGGUUGCUUUCUGUAUCACAGUGAGAUAAGUGGGAAGACUUUGGGCCAGGAACAGAAGUGAUAGUGCUUCCACGGGAUAAGAUCUUGCUAGAAGAAUUAGGAGGAGGCUCCUAUCUACAUAACCUGACCCUGAACCUCAAGUGUCAAACCUCUGGCUUCCAAUUCAAUACAAGUAUAUUAAGCUGGUACCUUUGGGACCCUGGACAUGCCCCUCGGUGGCUAUCCAGCCUUGACCUCACAUCUGCAGAAACCAAUGGAGGCCGCAUCAUUUCCUCCAGGGAGGACAACAGCAGACAGAUUUUCCUUCAGAUUAAGGGCCUGAGCCUUGGGGACUCCGGCCAUUAUCACUGUGCAAGGAGGAUGGGUGAUGGAAGUGACACAGACAAGCUGGUCUUUGGUCCUGGGACAGAUGUGACUGUGGAGCCUGGACCUCGGGCCCCUCUGUCACCCAAUGUGUUCCUGGUGAGGAGUCAGGAUACUGUGGCCUGCUUGGUCAGUGACUUUUAUCCCAAGGAACUCCAUGUGUCCCUGGCCUCCCCUAAGGCCUCAGUCUCAGCCCAGGCCCUCACUGUGACUCCCACAGCCCAUAGCACCUACAGUGUCAUCCAGAUUGGCAGGGUUGGUGAGAAUGACUCAGUAACCUGCUCAGUGCAGCACCUUGGGAAAGAGACCCUUGUGUCCUUCCAGCCAGAGAAGGAAAUCUUAUGUCCAGUGGAUCCCAACACUGUGCCUGAUGAUCUUAUCCUGCCUUCGGAGUCUGUGAAGCUAGAACCAUCCUACCCUGAUCAGGAUUUCACAGGAUUCUGGGCCCAAGUGCAGUUGGUGGAGAAAGGUGGCAGACUGAUCUAUGAGGGCCAAUCUAUAACCCUGACCUGUACAGCUUCAGGGCUCCACUUUAAGAAUUUUGCCAUGUCUUGGCACCGGAGUUCUGGAACUGGAGGCUCAAAGGAAUUUGUGGCUAGCAUCAGUGCUGGAAGAGGCAACACUAAGGAGUACAAGGAGGGCAUGAAGGGCAGAGUUCUCAUUUUCAGGCAAAAUGAGGCCAGCACCGUCUCAUUGACCUUUCACCAGAUACAGAAGGAAGACUCUGGCAUCUACUACUGUGCCAGCCUCACCAUGGAGACUCAAUGGAACAAUUUUGGUCUUGGAACAAAAGUGACUGUACUUCCACGAGAUGAGACACUGCUGAAAGAGUCAGGGGGAAGCCCACACCUGACUGGAAUGACACUGAGCCUCAAGUGCCAAGUAUCUGGCUUUCAGUUGAACACAAGCAGACUGAGCUGGUACCUUUGGGCCCCUGGACGUACCCCAAUCUGGCUGACCAACCUCAGCAGUACAUUUUCAGAAGCCAGAGAGAACUACGUCACCUCUAGCAGGGAAGACAGCAGCAGUCAGAUUUUUCUCCAGAUAAAGAAUCUUAGCCUGGGGGACUCCGGCUACUAUCAUUGCACAAGGAGGGUGGGUGAUGGAGGUGAUACAGACAAGCUGAUCUUUGGUUCUGGGACAAAUGUGACUGUGGACCCUAGACCUCGGGCUCCUCUGUCACCCAGUGUGUUCCUGGUGAGGAGUCAGGAUGCUGUGGCCUGCUUGGUCAUUGACUUCUAUCCCAAGGAACUCCAUGUGUCCCUGGCCUCUCUUAGGGCCUCAGUCUUAGCCCAGUCCCUCAUUGUGACUCCCACAGCCCAUGGCACCUACAAUGCCAUCCAGAUUGGCAGGAUUGGUGAGAAUGAAUCAAUAACCUGCUCAGUGCAGCACCUUGGGAAAGAGACCCUUGUGUCCUUCCAGCCAGACACUGGGAUCCUUCUUCAGCUAAAACCAACCUUCCAAUACCAGGAACUCACAGGGAAAUCAGGACCCAAGCAGAGGAACCAGGUGCUUCUCGGAUUGCUGGGCCUGAGACUGCUAUUGAUGAAGACCCUGGCUAUCAAUAUUCUUUUCACCACCAUGUUCUUGAUCUUUUGAUCUUACUUCCAUUUCAUGGGAUGGAAUCCCAAAUUAUUUCAUAAUUCUUGUUUGUUAUGUAUUCCCUCAUAUUUCCAACCAUCUAUCCUUCCAGUUUCUCAUCUUAUUUUCUUUUUUCUCAGUCUCCUCUCUGUCCCUUCCUCUCUUCCCACCCUUACCUCACAAUCUCAUGCCUAUUCGCCUACGAAUUUCAUAGUCUCCUCUCUACCUUUAUUUCCUCUGUUCUCUUAGAUAAUUCUUUAUUUUCCAAGUCUCCUCUUUAGCCUGUUAUUCUGUCUCUAUAGUGUCCCUUCUGUGGGUGGAAAAGGUGAAGUUUGGUCUCUGGUCCCCUGACUUGACUUCUAACGUUUGCUUUCCCAGAAGCCUAGGAAACUCUGAGAGACACAAUUUGGACCUUGGCAUGACCAAUUGAGCCCCAGAAUGAUUCUAGUGAUUCCAGUAUGAGAUUCAGAGUAGUAUUUCUUCAGCUUUUGUCCUUUGAAAUAGCCUAGGAUUUUCCUUUCUUUAGAUGUAAGGAUAUGGAAGUAGAAAUAAGUCAGAGUGUGUUUGUGGUCAGAUAUUCACAGCCCAAGUUCCCCAGGUUUCUAUAGUUUGGGGAGCAGAAACACUUUCCCCUACUAUCUUUUCCCUAUAUGAAGUUUAUUUUGGGGAUAUUACAGCUUCCAUUUCAUGUUCAUGGGAUUAUGGCCAUGUGCGCUGCUUGAAGCCAGUAGGGCCAUGUCCAAUGACAGAAGGUAGGCUUUGAAAGUUGAGGGCCUGUGGGGAAGAAAUCCAGCCUCACCUUCCAGUGCCUACCUUCUCUUACUAUAUCCUUGGGGAGGCCACUAUCCUUCAUUCUUAUAGUUGAGGAAGGAAUCACAGGGGGGAAGGGUAUUAAUUUCCAUCAGGAUGGAUGUGGGUCAAAUAUAGGGAGAGACUUCCUGGUGAAAGAUUUCCUUGAGCCCCAAAUGCAACCUAUGUCGGCUCCCUUUCCCAAGGCUUUUCUUGAGUUAAGAAGUAUAAGGAUGCUUUAGGAGACAACUCAAGAGCCUAGAUUUCUUCUGAGAUAAAGAUAAAUCUAAUUUGAGUUCUAUGCACCCUUAAAGAUUCAGUGUUAAUGCUGUAUGUACUAUUGUUUCUCUGGUAAGAGAGGAACCAGAAGGAGGGCUCAGGAAGUACAUACUCCUAGAAGGAAUCUAGGAAGUCAAAGGGGUCCAGGCUGAGAGAGUGGAGUGGGAGACAAGGAUACAUGGCCAAGAAUGGGAUUGCAAAGGACAAUCUGUCAGGCUAGAGAGAAAAGAACAAGGGGAUAACUUGGGGUCCUAGAACUGAGCUCAGCCUCAAAUGCUGACAUUCCCUUGGAAGGAAAGAAAUAAACAUUUACUAAGUGAUUACUAUGUGCUGGGAAUCACACCAAACUUUGGAGAUACAAAUAUAGGCAAAGAAAAAAGACAGGGCCCUUCCUUAAGGAGAUUCCAUUAGAAUGGGAGAAGAGAACAUAUGGAAGAGAGUAAAAGGGGAAAGAAAGGAUGAGGACUCUCAAGAGCACAAUUUUGAAGUAUAAGAGUCUGGAAUAGAGCUAAGAGGAGAAAAAAGGCCAGUCUGAAUCCCUCCCAAAGAGGGAUACUCUAAGAGGAAUUCACAAAUUCUUCCUAAUGGAGAAUUCAAAAUGGAGACUCUAGGAGUAAUUCACCAAUAGGAAAGGAGGAUGAGCCCCAUAGAGGCGUUUUCAAUUUGAAGAGAUUGUAAACACAUUAGGAUGCUUUAGGGUGAGGAGGCUCCAGGUGCUAAAGGAAGUUACAGAAUGAGACACUGUUGGGAAGACCAUAAGCCAAAAACAGGCCCCUUUUUCCCAACAACAAAACCCCACAUAUGAAUAAUGAAAUGUUCAGGGAUUAAACUCAUUGAGAGAUGAUGCCAGAGGAGUCUGGGUCACAAAACUGGCACACUACCUUCCCUGAGCUCCAUCAAAAAACCUCAAUCAUCUGAGGCUCAUCAAGGGAGAAACCUGAAAAACUUCAGUGUGGGUACCAACCAACUGUGAUGAGUUUGCCAUGCUGGAAGUGACAAUGAGGAUGGGGAAUGAAAUUCUGGCCACAUGGACAUGUCAACAACUUCCUUAUUCAUGUUUCCUGCCUAUAUUCUGAGCCAUGUUCCCCUCCCUUGCUCCUCUCCUCAUGUCAUUCAUUCAUAAACCAGUGCAUUCAAAGUUUUUCUCAAGACUCUUGGUCCAGAUAAGCUGAGGCUCACAUCCCAUUCCUUCAUCAAAGGAUGAUUGUCCCUUCUGUGCACCUUCCCUAUCCAACCCUGCUUGUAGGAAACAAAAAUUAAACUUCCCCUGAUUGUUGGAGCUUGUAGCAGCUCAGAGUUGUUAAGUAGUUAGAUAGAAGGCAGGAGGCAGCUUGCUCCUCUUUCCAGAAGGAAUCCUGACCUGGUCCUAACCUUUGGUUAAACUGAUAGAGAGGGCCCUCCCAAAGAGUAUAAGAAUCAGUUAUUCUGCUCUUGUUCAAUUUUUCAUUUUUAAAGGAAUAAUAAUAAUUAAGAUUAAUAUUACACUUAUGUGCCAUUCUGCUAAGCAUUUUACAAAUAUUACAACCUAAGAGGUAGAUGCUAUUGUCACCCCCAUUUUACGAAUGAGGAAACUGAGGUAAAUGGAUGUUAAAUGAUUUGGCCAGGUCUGAGGUCACAUUUGAACUCAAGAAUUCUGGACUUCAGGCCCUUCACUCUGUCCAUUGUACCAUUUAGUUGUCCCAAGCCUUGUACUCUUUGUUUCUACCUGGAGUCAAGUUCUUCAAACUGAUACUGUUGACUAAGAAUGAUAACCUCAGCAUCUCAUUAGAGAUGGAUCAAUAAGGAUAGGGACCGAAAGAAACUAAGUAGAGGAAAGGAGGCUGUCUUCUUUUUUUCUUAGUCUCCUCUCUCCCUUCCUCUCUGCCCACCCUAACCUCACAAUUUAAUGCCUAUUCCCCUAGGAAUUUCAUAGUUUCCUCUCUGCCUUCAUUUCCUCUGAUCUCUUAGAUCCUUUUUCAUUUUCCAAGUCUCCUCUUUUGUCUAUUAUUCUUUCUGUCCCUACAGUGUCCCCUAGGGAUUUCAUAGUCUCCUCUCUGCCUUCAUUUCCUCUGUUCUCUUAGAUCUUUCUUUAAUUUCCAAAUCUUAUUCUUUUUUUUCUACCUGGAGUCAAAUUCUUCAAACUGAUACUGCUGACUGAGAAUGAUAACCUUAGCAUCUCAUUACAGAUGGAUAAAUAAGGAACUGAAAGAAACUAAGCAGGGGAAAGGAGGCUGUCCUCCUUUCUUCCCAGUUUCCUCUCUGUCCUUUCCUCUCUGUCCACCUAACCUCACAAUCUCAUGCCUAUUCUCUUAAUGCGAUAAAGAAAAAAAGAGAGAAAAUAGUCUGACUUUUUUAGGAUAUAAAAGAGGAAAGGAUGACAGGAGCAUGCUCUAGAUUGCCUAUAGGUUGAGAGAUCCAUCCUUAACCCCUUUGGAAGUUGAUCUUUUAGAACUGAGUUUGAGGAACCAUGGAAUUUGGAAGGUAAAACUCUCAAAGAGUAUGAGGUGGGUGGGAAGUCAGACAAUAUCAGGACCCAUUGGGAUUGUCCACUCUCUGCCGAAGUGAUUUUCAAGAAAUGUAUAUCUGACUCUGAUCUUCUCAGUGCCCUACUCAAUAAACUUCAGUGACUCCUUAUAAUCUCCAGGAAAAAAUACAAAUGCUUCUUUUGGCAUUUAAAACACUUUACGACCUAACCACUUUCUACCUUUCCAGUCUUCUUACCUUUACUUCCCUAAGUGUAUUAUAUGAUCCUGACACAAUGGUCUCCACCCCACUUCUCUUCAUGUUCUUUUACUGGCUGUCCCCUAUAUCUGCAAUAAUCUUUCCUCAAGUUCAUCUCUUUUCUUCCUUAGCCUUCUUUGAGAUUCACCUGGAUUCCCAUCUUCUUUCUGCAAGAGACAUUUUUCAGUCCUUCCUAACCACUCCUUUGUAGACAAUACCUUUCUGAAUUUGUUUUCCAUUUAUAUGGGAAAUAAUAAAGUUGUUUGCAUGUUGUUUUCUCCAUUAAAAUGUGAACUCUUUGGGAACUGGGACUGUGUUUUGGCCUUUCCCCGAUCUUUGGUUCUUAGCAUAGUUCCAGGCUUAUAGUCUAAUGCUUAAUAAAUGCUUCUUGACUGACUGAAUGGAAAUUCCCCACAAGCACACUGGUUGAAGGACUGUAUAUUCCACUUUAUAGUAUGGGUGCAGACCUUUCACAACUCCUUUUUCUUAAGGAAAUGAGAAGAAGCACAUCUAGUUCUUAUCACUAAUCUAGGCUGUAUGGUGGAAUAGGCACCGUCUAAGAAUGCAAUAUUCUUCCAAGGAAGUGAGUGAGGUACAAACCAUAUUUCUUUAGUGAUCUUGAGAAAUGCUUCUUAGAUGGCUUUUAUGACCAUUGGACAAUGAGGCUUGUCAUGUUAACCCUAUUGAUGGUGAGUUGAAAGACUUGAGAGUCUUGACCACUAAUCUUUUGAGGCCUUUGUAGGUCCAAUGAAUUACCUAAGUGGGACCUCAGCAAGAGGCUGCUAUCCAGUGGGUAGAUAGGUCAUUGCAAAUACAAAUGAUCCCAAAGGGGCCUUUUCCAAGGAAUAUAAAGCCGUCUUAUGAACUGAUCUCCUGAGGUAGGUAAUCCUCCCAAAGAUUUCUCGAAGAAUCCCAACAACCCCAUGUAGCCAUUCCAGCAUGGCUAAAAUUAUCUAGAGCUGAAAUGAUCUGGGAGUGCUAUCUGCUUUUAUUCAUGACCCCACUUGAGGAGAUUUAGGACCUGAUGCUCAUGAACCUAAGGAACUGAGCUCAUGCAGAUUUAGGGCAUCAGGUCCUUAAAAUGACUUUAUAUGGUGCAAGCCAGGAGUGAGAGGUCCUGUCCUAUGGGAGUUAGAGAUGUGGCUAUUAAAGCCUGAUCUCCCACUGGAGAUCUAAUCCAAGGCAUGUGAGAAGUAGGUGGUGAAGUGGAACAAGACUCCCAUACAAUUAGCAUAGUUUGGAGGAAUCACCACCUUGGAAGCCAUAUCUAGCAUUCACAUGAUGGUUGGACAUCCUGGUGGUGAUGGUCUAUCAAUCUUAAUUGAUUAUUGAAUCAUCAUCAUCAUUCAUCACCUAGUGUUUGAAGGCUUGCAAAGAGUUUUUUUUUUUAGUAUUAUAUUAUUUUAUAUGAUACCCAUAUAUAUUAUUUAAUAUAACCCAUGUGGCAAACCUGUGAAGUAAAUGCUAAUAGUAAUGCCCCCAUUUUUUACAGAUGAGUAGGAGCUGAGAAAGGUUAAGUGUUUUGGCCAAAGUUACAGAUCUAUUAAGUUGCAGAUCUAUUAAGUUAAAAUUAAUUAAAAAUUAAUUAAAAUUAAAGUUACAGAUCUAUUAAAUGUCUAAGAGAGGAUUAUAACUUAGUCUUACUAGCUCUAAGUCUAGCAUUCCAUCCCCUGUGCCUCUUAGUUACUAGACAAUUUAAAUAAACAGGAGACUGUUUUUGGUAAGGAGAUAGGUAUCAAACCCCAGGUGGUCCUAGUAAGUAGAACUUAGGCAAGAGAUACUGGAUCUACUGAUUCGUACCCAAGUCAUCAAUCCUAAACAACACUAUGUCUUGAGAAGAUAAAAGGAAAUCUCUGCAGUAAUUGAUGAGAUGAAACAAGCUGGGAUCCCGUAUAUACCAAUUCUUUUAAUAUCCUGCUGAGCAAAGUAGAUAACUUGUAAUUAUCUCACUAUGGUGCUCACAAUGUCUGGAUUUGUGGAGCAAUCUCUAACUUGAGAUGGAGUAUCUCAAAUUUUUAGAGAAUGAUAUGAGAUCAUUGAUCUAAAUAAUAUCUUCUUGCUUUUCUGGGCACAUCCCAUCACUAAGGGGAGAAAUAGAUCUGAAAUAGCUACAUGAAUUGCUGUAUCUUUGCAAGCCAUCAGGUGGCACUCUAAUAUUGAAAAACAUCAGCUCUUUUUCAUUAACGUGGACCAUUCAAGUCCAUGCAAUCCCUUUGUCUCUACCAACUUUUUCCUCAUAUUGCUUUUCCAAAUUUGUAUCUAGCCUAUGAGUAUGCCUGAAUUUCCAUAAUUUUCAUAAUUCAUAACUCAUUUGUACUACAUCUUAUUUGGUCCAUGGUCUAUAUUUCAGUUCUUGUUAUGAACCCAGUAGGACUAUUAAGCCAUAUUUUGUUUAAAUAUGUUUACUAAACGA